CAAAUAUGAUCUUCAGCUUUUUAUUUAUGGGCAAUUCUUCUUUAAAAAACUAAACAUCCUCCAUUGAUUUCGCUAGCUUCUUCGUGAAUAUUCAGGAAAAGAAAAAUAGGUCAACAAGAAUUGCUAAAGAAACAUACCAAGAAUCCUAAUAACCUAAUUAUAUGGGCUCUUUUUCCCUCGUCGUCCUCUCCUAGGACGACGAGUGGAACACCGGUCCCCUCCACCUCCGGCGACCCACCACCGAUAAUUACUGCAGCUGGCAUUAAUUAUCAAACAUUAUACCGGUAGAGAGGCAAUGUCUCGCCCUGUAUAUUCUCCACCAUUUCAGUUGUUAGAGCUAAAUGUGAUAUCUGGACAAGACCUUGCCCAAGUGUCACGUAAGAUGCGAACCUAUGCGGUUGCGUGGGUGCACCCUGACAGGAAGCUUUCGACAAGAGUAGACGCCCAAGGGCAUAACAACCCUACCUGGAACGAUAAAUUUGUUUUUCGGGUUGACGAUGAGUUUCUGUAUGGCGAAACAUCUGCCAUAAUGAUUGAGAUCUAUGCUUUACAUUGGUUCCGCGAUGUCCAUGUAGGAACCGUCCGUGUUAUUGUUGGAAAUCUAAUUCCUCCGGCGCAACUUUACAGGCAACAUCAACAGCAUCACGUUCAGCUUGGGAUGCGCUUCGUGGCCCUUCAGGUUCGCCGCCAUUCUGGGCGUCCUCAAGGGAUUCUCAACAUUGGUGUAGCACUUCUUGAUACAUCCAUGCGAAGUAUGCCAUUGUAUUCUCAAAUCAGUGCAUCUGCUGUUGGUUACCGUCACCUGAUGGGUGAAAAAGGUACACAUACACAUACACAUCAUAAAUCUAAAGCUGAUGAUGAUAGAAGCAGCGAUAAUCAAAACCAAUUCUUGCUUCCAUGGAUACCAAAGCCAGAACUCAGACGUACAAAGAGCGAAAGCAGUUCUAUGUUUGGAUCAGAUAUGAUCGGUAAGAAUAUCAAAAAGAAAACUCAAGAAAAAGCUGGUUCAAUGGUCAGCGGAUUGGAGAUCAUCAAGAAAGAUAAUAAAAAUUAUCACCACAAUAUCAAGAAACAAUCAUCAAAAGCUAGCUCUAUGAUAACCGGCUCUGAAAUUUUCAAGAAACAUCGUAAUUCGCCUCAUAAUGAACCAGCUCUUGGUGCAUUAACAAAGUCGAAGUACGGCUCAGACAUCUCCGGCGAAGCACCACCCUGUAAGGGGCCGAAAAACGGAAAAGAUAGGAAUGAUGUUAACUCUUUAUCGAAAUCCCAAUUUGGAACACCAAAAAAGAUGAAUGGUAGAACAGCACCCCUUCAUAUAACAGAAUCAGAACUGGGUCCUUCAGCAUCAGAGGUGGCGGCAAUUAUGGUAAAUAAUAAAAACCAGUAUAAAGUAGAAGAGGCGGAGAGCGAAAUAAUGGGUUCUUGGAGCUUGGAAAGUAGCAUGGAAGGCCUCCAAUCUAAAUUAGAAAGGUGGCGAGCGGAGUUACCACCUGUUUACGAUCGUAGUGAAUUAUCUAGUUAUCCCAUCAGCAGUGUUGCUGCCGGCGGAAAUCGACAUAACCGGCGGUGUAGUGAUGGUGAUGGUGCAUUUUCUUGCUUUGGUACAUUCUGUGGUAUGGAAUGUUCCAUCGUUUGUGGCGGUGGAUCUUCUAACAGGAAAAGAACCGGUCGGAUUAAACGGAGCCCUUCUGCCGGUAGUUUCAGUUUUCUUUGACUUGGGUUUGGCGGGAUUUGAUAACUAACUUACCAGUUUUCGCUAAAGUGCGCUUGAAGGAUAAUUGGAGCAGGUUAAGAUUGCGCGCGCCGAGUGGAUGUUAGAUAAUUGAUUUUUUCUUUUGCUCUUGUUUCGAUUUCUUUUUUUUCUUUUUAUUUUUCUUCUCUAUAUUCAAUACUGAACCUUGUUCUAAAUUCUUAUUUUUCUUUAUAAUUCUCGCAUUGAAUUAGAUAUAUACUCAGCUUUACUCUUUAAGUUUAUGACUUUGAAUUUAUACUUAGCUUUAAUUGAACAUUCAAUGAUUUAUAAGAUUAAAUAUAUUUAAUUUAAAAAUUAAUAUUUUUUUUUAAUUUACUGAUACAAGAUGUAGUGAUAUAAUAUACAUAAAAGUGUUU